CAUGCAGCGCCAUACCUUCACCGCCCUCAACUCCACCUUCGUCGUCGACUCCGAGUAUCAGUUCGUCAAGGAGCUCGGCCAGGGCGCGUACGGCUGCGUCGUCUCCGCAAAGCACCGCCGCUCCGGCGAGGGGUGCGCCAUCAAGAAGAUCACCAACAUCAACACCAAAAGAAUCCUCACAAAGCGAUGUCUACGAGAAAUCAAACUGCUACACCACUUCCGCGGCCAUAAGAACAUCACAUGUCUGUACGACAUGGACAUCGUCUUCCGUCCAGACGGCAACUUCGACGAGGUGUAUCUCUACGAGGAGCUGAUGGAGGCCGAUCUGCACGCUAUUAUCCGCUCCCAACAGCCGCUCUCGGACGCGCAUUUCCAGUCGUUCAUAUACCAGACUCUUUGUGGCCUCAAAUACAUCCACUCCGCAAACGUGCUCCACCGCGACCUCAAGCCCGGGAACCUGCUCGUCAACGCGGACUGCGAGCUCAAGAUCUGCGACUUUGGCCUCGCGCGCGGCUACAACCCCGGCGGCGGCCCGGGGCAGGCCAAGGCGGCCGCGAACCAGGGCUUCAUGACGGAGUACGUCGCCACGCGGUGGUACCGCGCGCCCGAGAUCAUGCUCAGCUUUGCAAACUACGGCCCUGCGAUCGACGUGUGGUCCGUCGGGUGUAUCCUCGCGGAGCUCCUCUCCGGCAAGCCCAUCUUCAAGGGCAGAGACUACGUCGACCAGCUCAACCAGAUCCUGCACUACCUCGGGACGCCCUCCGAGGACACGCUCCGCCGGGUCGGCUCGCCGCGUGCACAAGACUACAUCCGCUCGCUGCCGAUCAAGCCGCGCGUGCCGUUCCAGACGCUGUUCCCGCGCGCCAACCCGCUCGCGCUCGACCUGCUCUCGCAGCUGCUCAACUUCGACCCCGCAAAGCGCAUCACGUGCGAGCAGGCGCUCAACCACCCCUACCUCGCCGUCUGGCACGACCCCGCGGACGAGCCCGUCUGCCCCCAGCCGUUCGACUUUGGCUUUGAGGAGGAGGACUCCAUCGAGGGCAUGAAGCGCCUCAUCGUCGAGGAGGUGCAGGCCUUUCGCGCCGAGGUGCGCGCGCAGGCACGCUCCGCGGGCCAGAUCCGGCGCCAGGACAGCCUGCCGCUCCCCUCGCGCGAGGAGAUCCUCAGCUCGCCCGUGCUCGAGCGUGCGCCGCCGAACGGCGCGACGUCCGGGUUCACGGAGGACGCGCACCGCGCGCCGUCGCCGGUGAUGGACAACCCGAGCGCGGAGCUGGAGCGCGAGCUCGCGGGCACGCACCUCGGGCGCGCGUGA